AUGGAGACCUUCGGAGACGAUUCGCAGGAUGGGCUAGGAUACGAGAUACCGCCGCAGAUAUACCCUAACUAUGGGACGGCGGGUGGGAGUCCAUUCAAUGGACAUCAGACAGGUCAGGCGGUUCAGGAUGAGGAAAGAGAUAAUGAUCCAAAAAGGAGGAGGAUAGCAAGGGCUUGUGAUAUGUGCCGCAAGAAGAAGAUCAAAUGCGAUGGCAAGAUGCCCAAAUGUUCACACUGCAUUAAUUAUAAGACAGAAUGUAUUUUCACCCAGGUUGAGAAGAAGAGAAAUCCUCCCAAAGGGGCCAAAUAUAUCGAAGGAUUAGAGAACCGAAUGAGGAGAUUGGAAGGGUUGUUGAAAAUGGCAGGAAUAGCGGACAGCGACACUGAUAUUCCUUCCAUUGAGCGCCGUCUACAACAGGCCCAACAAUCUCAACACAAUGAUCUUCAUGGUUUCUCUGCCGCAACUGCUGCCGCUCGAUCGUCGCUCGAAACUGCAGGAAAAUCACGUGCAGGCUCACUACAUUCCACUCCUCCACUAGACUCGAAUUCAAGUCCUAGAGUGGCCGAUUCGCCUGUCUCGCAAGAGGACAAGGAGCACGAGGUUGAGGCAUUGUCGGAUAUGAUGUGUUCUCUUGUUACCAAUAAUUGCGGAGAGACCAGAUAUAUCGGUUCCUCCUCCGGCUUUUCAAUCUUCUCACCUCGUGGCAUUCAAUGGGUUAAUGAAAAAACGGGCGACACUUCAUUCCACGAUAUGAUACAGGCCGCUUAUAUCGACGACAAUAAAUGGAUGUAUUGGAAACCCGAGAUCUUCAGUGACAUCUUUGCCCGACGUGUCUUCAAGCCAUUGCCUCCUAAAGAGGAGGCCAUGUCGCUCUUUCGGGACUUUUUCGAUAAUUUCAAUGCCCUGCUUCCUCUCUUCCACGAACCGACUUUUAUGCAUCUAGUCGAACGCCAGUACUCACGAGAUCCUUAUGAAGGCUCAGGAUGGUGGGCUAGUAUCAACAUCGUUCUGGCAAUUUCGCACAGACUUCGUGUGAUGAGCCAUCUUGUUCCUCAGGAAGAGGACAAGAAGGCUUGGCUUUACCUAAAGAACGCAAUGGGUGUCUUGACAGAGCUUACAAUGCGUAACACAGAUCUUUUAAGUGUUCAGGCACUCUUAGGAAUGUCUCUAUUCUUGCAAGGCACUCCUAAUCCCCAACCGUCCUUCUUCUUGGUGGCAGCUGCCAUCAGACUUUCACACAGUAUUGGUCUGCAUAAACGAGGCUCACUAUUCAACUUGAAUCCGGUCGAGGUGGAGCAGCGUAAAAGAGUAUUCUGGAUUGCUUACUUGUUGGAUAAAGACAUCUGCCUUCGAUCCGGUAGACCUCCAGUACAAGAUGAUGACGACAUGAACGUUGAGCUUCCCAGUGAAAUACCACCUGAUAACGUUGGAAUUAUUCCCUUGGUGACCGGCGAAGGUCAAGUCAACAUUUUCAGAGUGAUGUGUCGAUUCGCCAUCAUCCAAAGCAGAGUGUACAAAAGAUUAUAUUCAACCAAGGCCGCAAAGCAGUCUGAUGGCGAGCUUCUUAACACCAUUGGCGAAUUAGACAGGGAACUAGAAGAAUGGAAGGAUAGCAUACCACUCGAUUAUCGCCCAGAACAUGACAUCAAAACAACACAUACCCCUCUGAUACUACACGUGAUGAUCAUCCAUUUCGCAUACUACAACUGCUUGACCACCAUACACCGAAUGGCAGUGCAUCACGGCUACUGGACUAGCCGUCUGUCCAACUAUGCCAUCCAAGGCUUGAAUGCAAGGCCAUUGAACCCCCGGGUCUUUUCGUCAGCUAAUAUCUGCGUUGCCGCCGCGAGAGCAUCAAUUAACCUAAUAAAAUAUAUCCCUCAGGGCGAUUUCGCCUGCGUAUGGCUCGUUCUAUAUUACCCAGUUUCCGCUCUUGUCACACUCUUUGCGAAUAUUUUACAAAAUCCGCAGGACGCCCGUGCUCGCCCAGAUAUCAAAUCGAUGAAUGUCGUAGUCAACUUUCUCUCUAUGCUCGGCUCGGACGAGUCUAAUGGAAGCGUGAGACGAAUGCUGAGUGUUUGCGCGGAGUUCGAAAGGAUUGCUAGAGUAGUGGUCGACAAGGCAGAGAAAGAAGCGCUCUCGAAACGCAAACGCAAAGUUGCUGCAGAAGAUAUCAACAACAUCCAAAGAGUCGAACCUUCGAAUAGACCAGCCCCUACAGCCUCGGAGCCUGAGAAUUUCAUGGAUGCCACUGCAUUCUCGCCUAGGGAACCGCAACAACAAGGCACCCCUCCACAAGGCACGCAACCCACCACUCAACCUCCGAUAGGGGUUGUAUCCCCCAACCUUAGUAAUAUGAUGUCCGGCACUUUUGGUGAUUUGAAUGCAAACAUGCCAGUAUUCAAUCCCGAAGUUUCAUUUGCAGAUCACCCGAAUUUACAACCCACCGCCCCAGCAACCACUACCUCACCUUCUGAUAGCCAGUUCUAUCCUUUCCAGUCAUCGUUUGUACCACAAGAUCUGUGGCAGAUGCCAAUGACGCUGGAAUGGGAUUGGGCGGAUUUCUCUACCAUGACUCUACCAAAUAUGGAUCAACCGGAUAUGUUCCAGGCAACUAUGCAUAAUGGCACGUGA